AAACUCUUUUUUUCCAAUCGAAACGUUUUGAAGAAAUAGAAUCAGUUUAAAAUUAUCUUAAGCUAGAAUUUCUUUUUAACCUCUGAGUUUGUGCCCCAGCUUUUCUGGUCAAAUUCAAUUGCAUUCUAUUUUCUUACAGCGAGAAUAAAUAGUACACGCGCAACGACAUUCGCAGUGACUCUGCUGAUAACGUCCACCACAAUUUCGCCAGGAUUCAUAUGAAUUGGAAAUAAAUGACUGCAACUAUGGGAAUUCAAAAAGAGCUUUUCCUCUCAAAUCUCCCAGAAACCUUGGAGGCAUUGUGUGAUUCCCAGUCUGCACUACAAGAUGAUACCAUUCUCCAUCGGCUGCUUGACCUAAUCAAAGAGUUUGUUUGUUCUCCAGAAGAUAUCAGCAGUGGUGGUCUUCUCACAUUUCUCAAGACAGUGAAGUCCAGGAUGAGCUAUCUUCCAGCAUCAGUGAUCAUCCUGGCUCUAGGGAUGGCUGGACAUUUGGUUACAAUAACGCCAGUUCCUGACAGUCUAUGGCAGGUGGUGACAGCUUUAUAUGAAGCAGUUCUGACUUGCAAUGCUGUUAGUAAUUCAUCAGUAGGAGCUGCUUACUUCAACAGUCUGACAGCCCUAAGCAGAAGCAUAAUGGGAUAUAAAUGGCUCCAGGAGCAUGAGGCACACAUUUUUACUGGUUUGACCACACUGGAGACAGCCCAGAGUGUGUUCCUUCAGAUGGCUGCUGAAAAUUUCUUGGUUACCUGGACAACAUUAGCCAUGGAAACAGUUAUUCAAGAUUUAAUAGUUGAUCACCAGCAACAAGUCACAGGCGUGGUGCAUAAGGUUCUGGAAUGUUUAACAAGAAGUUUAAAAGAAAUGAAACUUAGUUGUCCUGGCUUAGCUGGUCAUUCAGUCACUGUUCCAAGUGUCAGUAGCAGUCAUGUGACUGUUAGUCAGAUCUUUCAACGGCUCAGCAGUGUGCAAGAAUUCUGCCAAUGGAAAGUGCAGGAUGUGGAUUUUAUGAAAACUAUAGCAGUUCUCAGCCUACAUCAUUCUUCAGCAAAGAUCAGACAACUCUUACUGCAGACUUUGCUUCAUGUUUACAACUACAUGCAACCUGAAUGCCAAACAGAGUUUCUGAACAAAACUUUCCUGCACCCACUGCUGUGCCUUGUCAAGGAGGGUCAUGUGGAGAAAGGCCUUGAAAUUGCCACAGCAGUUCUAGACAGUGGCGUUUCCUUACCUCUAAAAGCAAUCAUGACUCUUCAAGAUCUGCAGCAGCUGCCACAUGAUGUCCUGCUUGGAAGGCAGCUGCAUGAAGACGAAAGCACUCCUUCAGCUACAGCUGCACUUUGUAAUGUUGAAGCAACUACUCCAACAACAACUGCAAUACCAAGUAACUCAGCAAUAUCUCCAUCAAACAUAUUGAUACCAGCCACACUGAUUGAUGCAACAACAGCUUCAGGUACAGACUCAACAACUGAUUCUCAGGAUGUGUCAACAGCUGCACUUUCUGACUCAGUAACAGCUGCUCUGAGUGAGCGUAGGAGACUCAUCAAGCUGACACCAUGCAUCCUCCGUUCUCUAAAGCAGAAAAGUAAUUCACUGGGGAUUACACAACUUCUUGGGAGUGGUUGUGUCAGCAUGAAUGAUGCAGAAUGGCCAGUACUGGUGUCAAGAUGGCCACAGGGUAUUGGACCAGUUGUGGUGAAUAAUGCUCACCUGGUCACUUCACUGCUGCAGCUACUUCAAGACAGUGACUGUCCAGCCCUCAGCCUAGCUGACAACAUCUCUGUGAUGGAAAGCUUGUUACUGAUUAUGGGACGUUCUCAGCUGGACAGCAAGCUUUACAGCCAGACUGGUGCAGCCUUUUUGGCAACCUUAAACCAGGUGAAGAAGAUGCAGAGCAUCCUGGAUUCACGGGUAGAGCACAUCUUAGAGGGCCUGAUGGUGCAGCUGGAGCGGCAUCUUGUAGCCAUUCAGUGGGAAGUUCGCGACACGGCCUUAGAGAUUAUUCGAAGCUUAAUACAGUCUCAUCCUGAGCCAUGGCUUCAGAAAGUUAUGCAAGCGAAAAACUUGCUGCCUCAGGCAUGGGCAUGCAUCCAGGAUGGAGAGAGCUAUACAAGAGCAAGUGCCAUCAACCUUGCCUCUGCUUUAAGAUCUGCACAAGGAUGGUGGCAGUGCUUUCUGGAGGGCUGCAAGAUGACAGAGACUAUGAUUGUGAAGAAAGUCAUUGAGGUGCUGGAGGAAGACACAGAAGCUUUUGCAAGACGAUCAGCAGUGGAGUUUCUGUCAACAGUCUUUGCAUCUUCCAGCGAUUGUGUGCCUCUUCACUUUGUGCACACUGGAGCUCUCUCAGACCUGGGCCUUCUUAUCUGUUCAGCUCUUGGAAGGGUGCUGGAGGAUUUUGACUGGGAAGUGAAGGUCAAGGCAUUGAGGUUCUGGGAGAGAGCAGCAAUGCCAGUGCUUGGGAGGAAGUCAGGUAAUUGUGAUGCAGAUUCUUCAAGGGAAUGUGACGGAGCUGUGGAGAGCACACCAUUGCAUGAGGUGCACCCACACAAACGCAAGAAGAUUGACAGCAACAUCCCCAUUCAUCGAGGACUACAUGUUUUGUUAAGGGCUGGCUUUGGAGAAGCUCUUUGUGCUGGACUGGAAGAUUAUGACAGUUCGGUCAAGGAGCUUGCAUUUAGCAUUCUUCUGCGAUUCAGGGAUCAUUUGCAAACACUGGAGGAUUACUCACCUCCAAAGGCAGCCAGAAUGGAUGUUGGUUGUGCAGAUCAGUGUGCAAGCUUUGCUGAUUUGGCACAAAGUACCAACAGGAGUUUUACUCAUAAAGAAUAUAAAGAUUGGGAUCAUGUGGAAGCUUUCUUGAACAAGACACAAAGCGUUAUUGCCACUAAAACUUCCAGCAUGUUUGAAACUAGUGCAGACGAGUAUGAACAACGCCCCUCUUCCUUAUUGGAGGACAUCAUGGCUGCCAUCAAAAUGGCACAGUUAGCUGCAGAUGCUGCUGCUUCUUCUGAAGAUGAAUUUGACAAUGGAGAAGACAUUUUCGUAGACUGUUACUAGUGAUUGAGAGAUAUUCUAAGUCUCUUGGUGAAUGCGAGAAUGAAUGUUUUAUAGGCCAAUAAUUAUGAGAUGAACAUUAAUGGAGAUUCUGCAUACGGUUAAUGUAACCAAAUAGUUAACUUCUAAUAAAUGAAUGAAAGAUAUUUUUCAAAGGGCAAACACAUAAAAAAGUGUUUAAAUAACAUCAAGCAUAUAGUUAAGAAAUAUGUAAUUGUUUCUCAUCAAAACAUUGAGAAGAAUCUCAUACUUGAAAUUGACAGCAAUCUUAUCACAGCAUGUUUUGAUAAUUGAUAUGUCCAAUGACCACAGGCAUAAGGUUUAGAGAAUAGGCUAGGUAACAACAUACAACUAUAACACUAUUGUUAUGACUUAAUUUUACUAAGAUAAAUAAAACUUAAUGCCAAAUUUA